GUGGAAAAUACCUUUUGUAUGGGUUUAGUUUUCAGUUUGCUUCCAGCUUUUUUACUAGUAUCUGUUUGGUCAGGCUCGAUUGGUAGUUGUCUUUGUCAACGUUUGCAGUAACCGGCAUUGCAGAGUUGGUUUCAUGUUUGAUGCUGCAGAAAUUGAGCAGAGAACAGAGUAUCUACCUGCAGAAGCAACGUGUUUCGCAUCAGAUUUGCGCUAACUAAUCUGCGGCCUUCUUGAUCUAUGGGAGACAUAUCUUAACAUGUUCAUAGUUUACUGACAUAUUCGACAAGUUUUCGUAAGUUGCUCUGAGAAUCAACAUCUUUCCCCUGGAGUGAGCUGAAGUAGAAAGAUUGACAUAUUCAUGACUGUUACUAAUCCACAUCUCAAAAGCGGUGGUGCUUCUACCUCACAAACAUCUUCGAACCAACCACACAUCCCGCCCAUUCCGCACCCAAAAAAAUCGCACCACAAAACCACGCAACCUCACCCAGUAGCUCCACCAGGAAUCCUAAUCAAGACUCGUGGUCGCCACCGUGAAAAUCCAAUCCAAGAACCGAAACAUUCUGUAAUACCUGUACCAUUAAGCCCAGAGGAGAGACUUCCACCACGAAAAACUCAAAACUCAUCGAAAAGACCAUUGCUAUUAAGCCCUGAAGAUAAUCAACAACAACGACCUCCACCACCACAAGCACCACAACGCAACGGAGGGGGUUAUGGAUCAACAUUACCUCCAAUACCCAAACCAAGUCCAUGGAGAACCGCUCCAACACCAUCCCCGCAUCACCGCCGUGGCCCACGGUUACCACCACCCUCAAGAGAGACAAACGCAAUGACAUGGUCAGCUGCAUUUUGCUGUGCAAUAUUCUGGGUCAUUCUUAUUCUCGGCGGUCUUAUCAUCCUAAUCGUUUACCUCGUCUACCGUCCUCGCUCACCUUACGUCGACAUCUCAGCUGCUAACCUAAACGCUGCUUAUCUCGACAUGGGUUUUCUUCUAAACGGUGAUCUAACCAUUUUAGCAAACGUCACAAACCCAAGCAAGAAAAGUAGUGUGGAGUUUAGCUAUGUGACAUUCGAGCUUUACUAUUACAACACACUCAUAGCAACUCAAUACAUUGAACCUUUCAAGGUUCCUAAGAAAACGUCAAUGUUUGCGAAUGUUCAUCUUGUGAGCAGUCAGGUCCAGCUUCAGGCAACGCAGAGCCGGGAGCUGCAGCGUCAGAUUGAAACAGGUCCGGUUUUGUUGAACCUGAGAGGAAUGUUUCAUGCACGUUCGCAUAUAGGACCAUUGUUUAGGUACUCUUAUAAGUUGCAUACUCAUUGCAGCGUUUCAUUGAAUGGUCCUCCUUUAGGAGCUAUGCGAGCUAGAAGAUGCAAUACCAAACGCUAG